AUGCCGGCAAAAUUUUUAUUGCUGGUAAUAUCUAUCUAUCUAUCUAUCUAUCUAUCUAUCUAUCUAUCUAUCUUAUAUAUAUUGGUUUGUUUUGUUUUCAAUUUACAAAUAUCAACCUCAAUGGGUUAUUUAUCAAUGCCUAUCUUCUAUCAAAAUUUAUUUUUAUUGCUGGUAAUAUUUUACUCUAUCUAUCUAUCUAUCUAUCUAUCUAUCUAUCUAUCUAUCUAUCUAUCUAUUUUUGGUUAUAUUGGUUUAUUCUUCGGAUCUAUUCAAUCAUCCAACAAUGGGUUUGAAUUAAUUUUGACAAAAUUUUUAUUGCUGGUAAUAUCUAUCUAUCUAUUAUCUAUCUAUCUAUCUAUCUAUCUUCUUAGUAUAUAUUGGUUUGUUUUUGUUUUACGUCAUAUCAACCUCAAUGGGUUAUCUAUGCCUGACAAAAUUUUUAUUGCUGGUAAUAUUCUAUCUAUCUAUCUAUCUAUCUAUCUAUCUAUCUAUCUUAGUAUAUAUUGGUUUGUUUUUGUUUUACGUCAUAUCAACCUCAAUGGGUUAUCUAAUACUGACAAAAAUUUUUUGGUUAUCUAUUAUUUAUCUAUCUAUCUAUCUAUCUAUCUAUCUAUCUUAUUUAUUGGUUUUGUUUUGUUUUACGUCAUAUCAACCUCAAUGGGUUAUCUAAUACUGACAAAAUUUUUAUUGCUGGUAAUAUUUUUCAUCUAUCUAUCUAUCUAUCUAUCUAUCUAUCUAUCUUAG